CAGUGCAGCCUUCUACCCGGCGUGCGCGCCCAGGAGGCUUCUAUCUCAUCCUCUCUUCAGACUCCUCAUAACCUCUGGGCUUCCGACCAGAGGCAGCGCUCGGCCAACUUGCGACAAUGUCGAUGCUGGCGGAGCGUCGGCGGAAGCAGAAAUGGGCUGUGGAUCCCAGAAACACUGCGUGGAGUAACGAUGAUUCCAAGUUUGGCCAGAGGAUGCUUGAGAAGAUGGGGUGGUCUAAAGGAAAGGGUUUGGGGGCUCAGGAGCAAGGAGCCACAGAACAUAUUAAAGUUAAAGUUAAGAACAAUAACCUGGGACUCGGAGCUACAAACAACAAUGAAGACAACUGGAUUGCUCACCAGGAUGACUUCAACCAGCUUUUGGCAGCACUCAACACUUGCCACAGUCAGGAAACAGCAGAUUCCUCAGACAAUAAGGAAAAGAAAUCUUUUAGCCUUGAAGAAAAAUCUAAAACCUCCAAAAACCGGGUUCAUUAUAUGAAAUUCACGAAAGGGAAGGAUCUGUCCUCUCGGAGCGAAACAGACCUGGACUGCAUUUUUGGGAAAAGGAAGAACAAGAAAACUGCUCAGGAUGGCUGCAGCACCUCCACUGCAGACGAGGUGGACACCUGCAUGACUACUACCACAACCAGUGCCUUCACCAUCCAGGAAUAUUUUGCCAAGAGGAUGGAGCAGUUAAAGAACAAGCCACAGACCUUGACUCCAGAGCCUGACAUUUCAGAGACUUCUGUUGAAUGGAAAAAGGGGAAGAAAAAAACCAAAGAGGCAGCAGGCACAGAUGUGGAGAACUCUCCCCAACACAAAACGAAGCAACAUAAAAAGAAAAAGCGUGUGGAAGCAGAGAUGUCGCCUGUGGCCAAGAAGAGAGACCGAGCUGAGCUGCAGCCUGGAUGCCCCAGUGGGGACGAGUGUUCCGAUGCCUCUGUCGAAACUGCAGAAGAUUGUCUGCAACCCCCCGACAGCCAGGGUGAUGCCCCAAAGUCCAAGAAGAGGAAAGCAAAGAAAAAGCUGCAAAAGCUAGAAGGGGUAGAAAUAGACACCACACUAGACAAAGCACUCCUGAAAAAAAAGAAGAAGAAGAAGAAGUCUUCCAGAUGACCUCUCGCUAGCCAGAGCCUCUGACCACUUGACUGUCAGCUCCCUUCAGGGCAAACGCUCUAGCCUGACGUCAGAGCACAGGGAACCCCAGGCGCUCAGCAUCUUUUAACAUGCCCACGGGUUGCCAGCUCUCACCCUCUCACCAUGCUUCCCCCAAGCCACCUUCCUGAGAGAACUGACUUGAACGUUCUAGAUCAUGACUUUUCAAUAAAUAAAAUAAAUUUCAAUAA